AUGGAGGACACAAACAAUACGACAGCCUGGUCUCAGUUUGACAACCCUUCCAACAAAACCCCCAAACCAGAAGACGAGGAGGUGAAGCUGAGUUAUCAAGUGGUCACAUCGUUCCUGCUUGGCGCGCUCAUUCUGUGCGCAAUAUUUGGAAACGCGUGCGUGGUUGCAGCCAUCGCCUUAGAGCGGUCUCUCCAGAAUGUGGCCAACUACCUGAUCGGUUCUCUGGCUGUCACCGACCUGAUGGUGUCGGUGCUGGUUCUGCCCAUGGCGGCGCUUUAUCAGGUCUUGAACCGAUGGACUCUUGGACAGGUCCCGUGCGACAUCUUCAUCUCUCUGGAUGUGUUGUGCUGCACGUCGUCCAUCCUGCACCUGUGCGCCAUCGCUCUGGACAGAUACUGGGCGAUAACCGAGCCCAUUGACUACAUGAAGAAGAGGACGCCGAGGAGAGCCGCCGUCCUCAUCAGUGUCACCUGGCUCGUCGGAUUCUCCAUCUCAGUGCCUCCAAUGUUAAUCAUGCGCUCCCAGCCCAGCAGCAUGGCAGAGGACAGGGCGAACCCAAAGCAGUGUAAGAUCAGGCAAGACCCGUGGUACACAAUAUACUCAACGUUCGGGGCUUUUUACAUCCCGCUGACACUGAUGCUGGUUUUAUAUGGCCGGAUAUUCAAAGCGGCCAGGUUUCGGAUCAGGAGGACGGUGCGUAAAACCGAGAAAAAGAAAGUGUCCGACUCAUGCUUGGCGUUAUCCCCCGCCAUGUUCCACAAAAAGACUCCCGGCGACGCGCAGGGCAAGACAUGGAAAAGGAGCGUGGAGCCGCGUCCGCUGCCGAGCGUCAACGGCGCGGUCAAACACGCGGAGGACGGCGAGUCUCUGGAGAUCAUCGAAGUUCACAGCAACUCCAAAGGCAACCUGCCGCUGCCAAACACCCCGAGCUCGAUGCCGCUGUUCGAGAGCAGACACGAGAAGGCGACCGAGGCGAAGAGGAAGAUCGCGCUGGCACGGGAGCGCAAAACGGUGAAGACUCUGGGCAUCAUCAUGGGCACCUUCAUCCUCUGCUGGCUGCCCUUCUUCAUCGUCGCCCUGGUCAUGCCUUUCUGCCAGGAGUCGUGCUAUAUGCCCCGCUGGCUGGAGGAUGUCAUUAACUGGCUGGGCUACUCCAACUCUUUACUCAACCCCAUCAUUUACGCGUACUUCAACAAAGACUUUCAGAGCGCUUUCAAGAAAAUAAUCAAGUGUCAUUUCUGCAGACCGUGA